AUGACUCGGCCUUACUGGCCUUUGUAUUUUGUUCUUUUCUCAAUUUUUCUUCCUUGCUACCUUGCAGUCCUCAGAGAUGAAGCAGGUGUCCAUGAUUAUCGUAUUUCUCUUUUAGGCCGUUUAAAGGAUGUUAAGCUUGACGAGGAUAGUGAUUCCUUUCUAGUAUUAAGUGAACGUGGAUUAUUGUCACGCAUUGAUGCCAACAAAGGUGAUAUUAUCUGGCGCCAAGCCGUUGACGAGCAAACAGAAUCGGUUGUCCACAAGUCAAAAGGCCGUUAUGCCCUUACCAUUGGAAAUGAAGACUUAUUUGUGUGGAAUAAAGACACUGGAGUACUGGAAACUAAGUUGGACAUUUCCACUGCUAAAGGUGGUAGUCUAUAUGAAACGAAUGAAGGUUAUGUUUACCUCGUUCCUGGAUCAUCUACUCUCGAAAAGGUACUAUUUCAAGAAAAUAAUGCUACAGUAGUUGAGGUUUCCUUUGAUUUUCCUCUUAUGGCAAUGCUCAUAUAUUCCGAAAAAAAUUAUGUCUUGACCAAAGACCAGUCCGGUCACAAGGUGGUUCAAUUAAACGAAGAUUGGCAGCCUGUAGAAGAGAAAAUUAUUUCUGUUCCAGCUAAAUCCGAAAUUUUAGACGCAAAAGACGAUCUCGUUUUGUUUAGUUACCAGAACGCCGUACAUGCAAUUCGUCUGUCCCAUCCCGAGCGGUACCAUUUAUUAUUCACAGAUUAUUCCCUGAUAAACUGGGAACGCAUUUCGCAAGACGUUCCUGGAUACUCAUUUACCAUCGGUUCCGAUUCUUCUUUUGUUACAUGUGUCUUCACCUUUCAAGGGGAAGAAUUUGCUUUGGUAGAUGAAUUUUUGGAUGAAAGCGGAGUUUCCGUUUCUCACGGUUUCCAUGUUGAUGAUGGUCGUUUUCUGCGCACAACGGCUUCUUCCCAAACGAUAGUUUUUGACUCCCAGCAAAUUCUUGAAAUUCAAAAUUCAUUUUCUCGCCCUGUACACUUGUUUAAGUUGCUUCAGUCUCAAGCAAAUAUUUACCUCAUUGUCGUGUUAGAGGAUGGGACAAUCUUUUGUUAUUCUAACAACGUUCUUUUGUGGAAACGUGAGGAAGCAUUAGCUUACGCUGCCGAUGCUAUAUCCUUGCCUGUCAUCCUUGAGUCUUCGGAUUCUACUCCAGAAGACCAAGAAAAGGAGAGUGUAAUACCCUUCUUGCACUAUCUGAAAAACUUUAAGCAACUGUUUAAUAUUCGGCAGUUGCUUCCUCGACAUCACUCUUUAGACGCUGCUUUUAUGACGAACUUUCUAAUACCCACAUAUACCGGUAGUUUGUACUGUCUUUCUUCAGAUGUCAGCAGGAAGGACCGCAUAGUAUGGAAAAAGGAUUACUCUCAAGAAGCUAAAGAUGUAAAAUCUUGGUUGCUGAAGCCUGCAUCCAAUCACCAAGAGGCCUCCCUAAUCGCAUUGGUCUAUAUAUUUGAUGAUGGCUAUACUUUCAGAAUCCUAAGGUCAAACGAUGCCUCGGUCGUAUACGAGAAAACCGAGACUGGAGUUCCAGAUGAAUUUUUCUUCCUUGAUAAUUCAAAGGAGCAUUACAAAAAUUUAAUAUUUGCUCUGCAUGGAGACACUGUUUCUCCUCUAGGAGACGAAAUGGCCUUUGACCAUUUCCUUCAAAUGAAAUCUUCUGUUAUGUUUACUAGAGUUAAGGAUAACUCCUUGCAAGGAUUCCGCAUUCUUGAGGAUUAUAAAAUCACUGUAGAAUGGGAAUUUUCUUUUAAGGAUGAUGAAACGUUGCUUAACACAGUUCAGCGAAAUCCACAUGAGACUCUUGCUUCCAUCGGGCGUGUUUUGGCAGAUCGAAAAGUUAUGUAUAAAUAUUUGAACCCAAAUUUGAUGGCAGUCUUGACAUGUAAACGGGAUAUGCUAAUCGUCUAUAUUAUUGAUACAUUCAGUGGGGCUAUCCUUCAUCGUAACGAACAUUCCGAGGUAUUCGAUUUUGAAAAUGUAAGUGCAGUACUUUCCGAAAACUGGCUUGUAUAUUCUUACUGGAAUGCGGUUCCUUCUAUAUCUACCAAAAUUGUGGCAGUGGAACUGUUUGAGGGAGGUCAGCCAAACGUUAAGCACAAUAUCGACGUUGUUGAGAGUGGAAACAAUAAUUAUAUUCCUUCCGCUUUCACAAAGUCCUUCAAUAUUGAUCGUUUGAUAAAUGCAAUGGCAGUGACGACGACAAAUCAAGGUAUAACCUCUAGAGAUAUUUUGGUGUCUUUAUCUUCGAAUCAACUAGGAAUGAUUCCUCAGAGUAUUAUGUCUCCACUGAGACCGAUUCAUAAGCCAAACGAAAAGCCACAACCAUCUUCUUUCGUACCAUAUGAACCAGUAAUGACAAUCUUUGACGAUCGGAUUCUCUCGUAUGACCAACGACUAUAUGGUAUCAAAAAAAUGAUUUCUGAGCCUUCUACUUUUGAAAGCACAACUCUUGUUUUAGCUUUGGGAUUAGACAUAUUUUUUACGAGAACAGCACCAAGUAUGCCAUUCGACAUGCUCAGUUCUUAUUUUGAUAAGAAACAAUUGGUACUGACCGCUCUCGGAAUUUUGUUUACCGUUCUAAUAACUAGACCUAUGGUCAAGAGAAAGCAGUUAAAUGCGAAAUGGUAUAAUUAA